CAAACGGCCCCUCCGCCAAAACUUCCCCGGUGUCGUUUCCCAUUUGGCAUCGUCCAGCGUUCGCAUCAUCACUCGGAGAUCCAUUCAUUGCCCUGCUUGCACUUCUGGCUCUGUGCGCUUGACUGCGGAUAGAAGAAUUGACCAGCUUCGGGGGGUGACGUGUAACCGAUUCCCAGACAAACCAAGCUCAUUCCGUUUCCUGGACCAGCCUCGAUUUCGAUUCCGCGUUUCUCAAAGGCACCGUCAUCAUCAUCGCAACGACAAAAGAAGAAGAAAAAAAAUAACUGCAUCGGCUCCAAGCCCCUUAAAAAAAGUAGUUCUUACAGUAGUGUCUUGCUGAGCCUGCGAGACCACAACAAUGGCUCGGCCAAGAGACUCGCGCUCACCAAGUCCUGCAGGCAGCCAUUUCAACUCGCGCCGCCACCGCAAAGAUGACGACCGGCGGGAUGCCAGAGACCGCCGCGACGAUGGAAGGGACGCUCGCCGCCGCUCAAGGUCGCGCAGCCCGGAUGUGAGAUUUGACCAACGCCCCUCCAGCUUCAACCGCCGAGACGAUGACUUCUACCGUGGAGGCCCACGUGAUCGCCGAGGCCCGAGAUCGAGAGAGAGGUAUCCGCCCAGGCCUCGCUCGCCUGACCGACGCCGCGACCGCAGCCGAGACGAUUUCAGGCGACGGGACGAUUCCAGGAACAGAGGCCGACGUGAGGGUACGGCUGACUCUCAAGCUCGCAGCAGCCGCGCUGACAGCCGAUCCCGCAAGACGCCGCUGACCGACAGUGGCAGAAAUGGAGUUGACGAGGUAUGUACUCCGACCUUGUUUGGGAGAACUAGAGCUCAUGACAUAUCCCAGGCCCAAAAGGCGAAAGACGCGGCGCAAUCCGAGGCCGAUAAAAAGGCAGAGCGACUGGCGAAGCUCGAAGCAUGGAAGAAGAAGAAGGAGCUCGAGGGCCUGAAACAAAAAGAGGUAAACGCCAGCCAGACAAGAAGUCUCCUCGCGGAGAUGGACAAGAGGGCCAAAGAAGGAUCGACAGCCGUCUCGUCGCCUGUUGUGUCGUCUGCAGCUUCGCCUACCCCUCUCGAGUCGGGCAGCGUCUCUCCAGCAAAGCCUUAUACCGGCAAAUUUGAUCCGAAAACGAUUGCAAAGAAGUCUGCCGUUCAAAGAUCGAAUGAUCCUGCCAAAGGAGCACUGGGAUCUAUAGAUGUCCAGCCGCCAAACAUCCCUUUGCCCGUUAAGAAGGGACCUACUGGUAAGAUCUUUCUACCCAAAUUUGGAUACCUGUCUUGUGCUGACAAUCAUCACAUAGCUUCCGCACUACCGACGAACCGUGCGAAGACCAGCAGUUUCGGGUUCGGCAAAUCUCAGGCGGAUGGGGACAAACUUCCUAGCAAGCGGAAGCUCGACAUGGACGAGGAAGUCGUAACCAAACGGCAGCUCACCAAGCUCCCCAGUCUUCCAGUGGAAACUGACGACACGCCUUAUGCUGACCAAGAUGAGGACGACGAAUCGGACGGAGACAACUUUGCCGAAACCGAGGAGGAGGCCGCUGCGGCGGCUCGUGCUGCCCAUGAGAGACGUCUCCAAGCUGAAAAUGAAGUUGAGAAUCAGACUGAGAACCCAGCUGAGAACCAGACUGAAAACCAAGCCGAAAACCAAGCCGAAAACCAGACAGGACACCCUGCUGAUGAGGAGAUGAAAGAUGCUGAACCCCAAGUUGCAAAGGAAGCCAACGGCGAGCAUGUCACCAACGGAGAAGAAACGGCCAAGGAGGCUCCUGCAGAUGCCAUGGAUGUUGACGGAGAGGACGAGGACGUUGACCCUCUGGACGCAUUCAUGGAUGGUCUUCAACAGACAGAGGCGGUGAAGAACCCUGACAAGAAUACCUCUGUUGCGAAGAAGAAGCAGGAGCCCGAGGCUUAUUUCUCUGACGAUGAUUAUGCUUUCAAUGACCAGGGCGAUCAGGAAGCAGACGCUGCUCUGCUUGCAAUCGCCAACAAGCGCAAGAAGAAGGAUAUUCCAACCGUCGACUAUUCAAAGCUGGACCUGCAGCCCAUUCGCAAGAAUUUCUGGUUUGAGCCAGCGGAGUUGAGCAAUCUUUCCGAAGCCGAGGUCGCAGACUUGCGAUUGGAGCUAGAUGGCAUCAAGGUCAAUGGCAAGGACGUCCCCAAGCCCGUCCAGAAAUGGUCUCAAUGCGGUCUCACCCGCCAAACCCUCGAUGUGAUAAGUUCUCUCGGGUUUGAGAAACCUACGCCAAUUCAGAUGCAAGCCCUUCCCGCGUUGAUGUCUGGCCGGGACGUCGUCGGCGUGGCCAAGACCGGUUCCGGCAAGACCAUGGCUUUCCUGCUUCCCAUGUUCCGUCAUAUCAAGGACCAGCCGCCGCUCAAGGAUACCGAUGGCCCCAUUGGACUGAUCAUGACGCCAACACGUGAGCUGGCCACCCAGAUUCACAGAGAUUGCAAGCCUUUCUUAAAGAUGAUGAACCUGCGUGCUAUUGCCGAAUUGAAGCGCGGUGCCGAGAUCAUUGUUUGCACCCCUGGUCGCAUGAUUGAUCUUCUCGCCGCCAAUCAGGGACGGGUCACCAACCUCAGAAGGGUCACAUACGUGCCUCAGGUGAUGAAGAUCUUCGCCAAUAUGCGGCCCGACCGGCAAACCAUUCUGUUCUCAGCCACCAUGCCACGGCUCAUCGACUCACUCACGAAGAAGGUACUCAAGAGUCCCAUCGAGAUUACCGUCGGCGGCCGCAGCGUUGUUGCAAAGGAGAUCACGCAAAUCGUGGAAGUCAGGGAGGAGAAUACAAAAUUCCUCCGAGUGUUGGAGUUGCUGGGCGAGCUUUACGACAAAGACGAAGAUGCCCGGACGUUGAUCUUCGUCGAGCGGCAAGAGAAGGCUGACGACCUUUUGAAAGAGCUGAUGCAUAAGGGUUAUCCUUGCAUGUCCAUUCAUGGAGGCAAAGAUCAAAAGGGUGUUGUGCCCAUUCUGAUUGCCACGUCACUCGUCAUCAACUACGACGCGCCUAACCACUUGGAAGACUACGUUCACCGAGCCGGUCGAACGGGACGCGCAGGAAACACGGGAACAGCCGUUACCUUCGUCACCCCAGAACAGGAAAACUGUGCUCCUGGCAUCGCUAAAGCCUUGGAGCAGAGCGAUCAGCCCGUUCCCGAACGACUCAACGAGAUGCGGAAAGCUCAUCGCGAAAAGGUCAAGUCGGGCAAGGCAAAGGAUUCGUCUGGAUUUGAACGUGAAGCGGCCCGUCUUCGUGAGCGCAAGACGCAUAGAGCCGAGGGUGAAGAAGAAGAAGUCAAGGAGGACGGGGCCAAGAAGGAGGAAGACGACAAGAAGGUGGACAAGACACUCAGCGCCAUCAGGGCUGCGGCCUCUUCCAUCCAAGCGCGCGAAACUGCACGCGCCGAUGCAGGAGAAGGCAAGGCGGCUCAGCCUGCUCUCGGUACCGGUGACAAGGGCAAAGAUCCUCUGGACAAGGUCAGCUCCGCGGCCGGCCAGCUUCGCUCCGGCCAACCCAUCGACAACAAGGGUCCGGAUGCCGGCGCUUUCCACGCCACGCUGGAGAUCAACGACUUCCCUCAGAAGGCCAGAUGGGCCGUCACCAACCGCACCAACGUGGCCAAGAUUCUCGAGGCGACCGGAACCUCCAUCACCACCAAGGGCAGCUUCUACCCCCCUGGGAAAGAAGUACCGCCUGGAGGAGAGCCCAAGCUGUAUAUCCUCAUCGAGGGUGAUACUGAGCUUGUGGUGUCGGCUGCUUUGAACGAGAUGACGAGACUCCUGAGGGAGGGCACCAUUGCUGCGGCGGACGCGGAUAGCAGGGCUCCGGCCAGCGGAAGGUAUACCGUUACUUAGACGGGAGUUGAGAAUGUUUGCUUCUUACAUACGAGAGAAGUACAUAAUUGAGAGUGCAUGAGGUAUUGGCACACCGAGGAAUACGCUUGCUAGUUUUUUACUUUAGGCAAAGGAAAGGCGCAAGGAGGGAGGUUAUGACGGAACAGGCGUCUAGGUUAGUGUAGGCAUUAAUGUAUGAGCCUUUCAUUUCAUGCCGGUCAUUGU